AUGAAAGUCAUCGUUGGAUUGACUGCUACCUUUGCCGCCCUAUCGUCAGUUGCUACCGCUGGCCGUGUCCUUCGAGGGGCCAGCCCCCCUGAACACCAUCAGGUGGCCACAACCAUCGCCCCCCUUGUGUUCGACUACCAAGAGCACAACGGCCAAGUGGAUGCUGAAGGAAGAGGUGUCAUCUCCCCCCUUGUGCUCGACCACCACGAGCACAACGGCCAAGUGGAUGUCCGCCGUCUCGAGGCUGAAGGCAAAGGUGUCAUCUCCCCUCGUGUGUUGGACCACCACGAGCACAACGGCCAAGUGGACGUCCGUCGCCUGGAGGCUGAAGUCGGAGGUGUCGUCUUAAAGCCAUCUCACACUGAAUCCUAUUCCGGUGGAGUGGGCGUGGACACUAUUGUGUAUGUGCUUGAUCGCCGCUUGGCGGACGCGGCUGGAACACUCGGUGGAGUUGCCUCUGAAGUUUCCCAUUCUGUCGCGUUGGAUCAAUUUGGUCAAGAUACCCUCACUAUUCGCUCCAAACACAGUCUUGACCAACGUCAAGCGUCGGUUGGUGUUGGGUUGGACAACAUCAUCUUUGUGCCCGUGCUGCCGUCUGCGAUUUCUGCCGACCAAAGGAAGGCGUCUCAUGAUGCCGUCGGUGCGCUUGGCGAUGGUCGCGGCCAAAUCGAAUUCGAUUAG